UUUCGUAAACAAGUGGUAGCUUUGUGCGGCUAAUUGGUUAAAGAAAAACUAACAUAUUUUCACAGGUGCAGUCAUAAAACUACAACUAACCAUAAUCAAAAUUAUUAUUGUCUGGCUUCUAAGUGCAGCUGUAGAUAAGAAUUUCUAAUACCAUGGCUACGGUACGCAUACCGAAACAAAAGGUGAUACUUUGUGGCGAUUAUGGUGUGGGAAAAAGUUCACUGUUUCGUCGCUUCACCAACAACACAUUUGUAACAGACACAGAUCGCAAAUCAACAUUAGGCUUGGAUCAUAUAGACCGUGACUAUACUGUCGGUGAUAAACAAAUCAAGCUACAAUUAUGGGAUACCGGCGGUAUGGAACGUGUUGCAUCUGUUACAUCGUCUUAUUACAAAUUUGCUGAGGGUGCCAUACUAGUUUUCGCCAUGGAUAAUGCCGCCUCAUUUCAUUCCCUGUCACAACAUUUACUAGAUAUUGUAACUUACGCUGAAAAUGCAAAGAUAUUCAUUUGUGGCAAUAAAAGUGAUUUGGCCGAGCGUGAACCACAAGUGAGCGAUGCUGAAGUAGAAGCAUUUUGUGAACAGUGCCACAGUUUAAUUAGUGCUACUUACAAGACAUCCUGCAAAUCAUCGGAUGGUGUUGAGGAAAUGUUUCGUGAUAUAUCUCGUAUUCUUGUGGAUGCUAAUCGCUCUAAAAUGGAACUGCAGGCUUUGGAACAGCACAGCUUCAAAAUCGACUCAGCUGCCGAAGCUGAUGCGAAUGAAGAAAGUUCACAAUGCAUUUGCUAGCAAAUGGGGAAUGUGGAGUUCGGUUAAAGAGAAGUAGGUACGAACUUCAUAUAACGAAUGAUGGUGGUGUUAGAAGUAGAAUGCGCUUCUAUAUAUUUAUUAGUUUAUUUAUUAUUUGAUGUUAAAACGUAUUUAUGUUAACUAUAUCAAAACAGUUUGUAUGUGUUUACGAAUAUUUCUAUUUUUACAAUAUAUAAUAAGCUUUAUUUUGUGUCACCGAAAACUCACAAACAACAACAAUUUGUAAUGUCACAAAACAAAACAUAAAUUGCAUUUAAUGUUACCUAAAAUUUUGGUUGUAAUCCGUCCAACAUUCUUGGAGCUUUCAUGAUUUUAGAACAAAAAAUUAACACCUGACAAGUUUAACGGGGAAAGGAUCAGAAGCCAAGUCAAACAAAAAACCUUAAAUUGCUUGUCGAAUUAAACUGGCUAAGGGCAAGAAUACUGUUUUUAUACAAAAGUAAAAUUUAUAUCGAUAAAAUUAGCAACUUACAGAAAAAUACAUAGCAUGGGUUCUUUUAAAAUAAGAAACUCAUUUAUCUCAAAUACUCAUAGGAAUAGAAACUAAAUGUAUCCACAGCUUAGUUUUGAAUUCAAUAAAAAAUCAAAUAUAAUAAAAUUGUCUUA